AUGCCUCUUUUCCCACGAAAUCGAGCUCCAGAAGAGUCGGAAUCUCGGCGCGACGGGUCACGUGACACACCAGAAGUUAUAAAUACAGCUGCGGAACCUGGCAGGGACCUCUUUUCCAUAGUAGCUACCGACGCAGUAAGUGAGUUAGGACAUAGGUUCAGAAUGCCCGAGACUUCAGCACCUUAUAUCAACGGUUUCCAUGAAAAUGGACACAUGGAACCAGAACUUACGGAGGAUACAUUUCUCUUCACAUCAGAAUCAGUUGGAGAAGGGCAUCCAGAUAAAAUGUGCGAUCAAAUAAGUGAUGCAAUUUUGGAUGCCCAUCUUCGCCAAGAUCCUGACGCCAAAGUGGCUUGCGAAACUGUUACGAAAACUGGUAUGAUUUUGAUAUGCGGAGAAAUCACAUCAAAAGCGCACGUGGAUUACCAGAAAGUGGUCCGUGAUACUGUAAAGCACAUUGGUUAUGAUGAUUCAUCAAAGGGGUUUGAUUACAAGAUUUGCAACAUCCUGCUUGCUCUGGAUCAACAAUCACCCAAUAUUGCAGCAGGGGUGCAUUUGAACCGCAGCGAUGAUGAUGUUGGGGCAGGGGACCAGGUGAUUCUGCGUUUGAUUUGCUGAUUUUUUUUCUUCAUAAAAGAUCAAAAGUGUAUAUGGUAUACUCCUGAGUACAUUUGUUGAUCACAAAGCAGUAAUCUCUGUGGUGUUUGAAGCAUUAUUUGCAUAAUUUAAUUGAAAAUAAAUGGAGUCUUAAUUAGGUAUUGAAAGAAUGCUGAAAAAUUUGAUUACCUCUUCUGAUUUACUGUACACUAUACUUCGGUUUAAAAGUUUUGAAGAGUGUUAAAAUGUAAAAUAAAUUGUUUGUUAAAUUGGAAAUCAAUGAGCAUGCACAAAAGGACAGGGCAGGGCUGAAAAUGGAGUAUACCAUAUUCUUUUUGUAAUUUUUUUUCUUUCUUUCAAGGCUAAUGUAGUGAACUUCUUUCGGUUUCUGUAGUAAUAUACCCUUCCUGUCUUGUAACAAGUAGAUCAUGCAAUCAAAGAGAAGAAAACUAGAAGCAGUUUAAAUGGGUGAGGUAAUGGUGUACAGUACCAUUUAACCUCGAUUUGAAGUGUUACAUAAUUUUUACAACCAAUUUGUGGUUGCUGCAUUUCAUUAUUAUAGUAAUUCUUUGGCAUAUUUUAAAUCAAAAUAUUUAACAUUUUGGUGCAUGUUGCAUGUAUUGGCUUGGUUUCUUUCUUUUAACAAUUUUUAUACAAUUGUAUUGUUUGUGUAAAAUUUGUUAAUGUAUUUCUUUGUAUAGGGUUUGAUGUUUGGUUAUGCAACUGAUGAAACUGAAGAAUGUAUGCCUCUGACAGUUGUCUUGGCACAUAGAUUAAAUCAAAGAAUUGCAGAUUUGAGGAGAAGUGGAGAAUUCUGGUGGGCUCGACCUGAUUCAAAGACCCAGGUUACAUGCGAGUAUUACAUGUCACAGGGAGCAUGUAUUCCGCAGAGAGUGCACACUGUGGUAGUUUCUGUCCAACAUUCUGAGAAAAUUAGUUUAACCGAUCUUCGUGCAGAGAUAAUGACAAAAGUUGUUCGGGUAGUCAUUCCAGAGAAAUAUUUGGAUGAUAAAACAGUUUUCCACAUUAAUCCUUGUGGUCUCUUUGUAGUUGGAGGACCUCAGAGUGAUGCUGGUCUGACUGGUCGAAAAAUUAUUGUGGACACAUACGGAGGAUGGGGUGCACAUGGAGGUGGUGCUUUCUCUGGCAAAGAUUUCACAAAGGUUGAUAGAUCAGCAGCAUAUGCUGCUAGAUGGGUGGCAAAGUCGCUCGUCAAAGCUGGAUUAUGCAGACGAUGCCUUGUACAGGUUUCUUAUGCCAUUGGAGUGGCUGAACCAUUGUCCAUUACAGUUUUUGAUUAUGGAACAUCAAAGAAAUCCCAAAGAGAAUUACUGGAAAUUGUAAAGAAGAAUUUUGAUCUUAGGCCAGGAAAGAUAGUAAAAGAGCUGAAUCUCAGACACCCAAUUUAUCAGCAGACCAGUACUUAUGGACAUUUUGGUCGUGACAUCUUCCCAUGGGAAAAGCCCAAAACUCUGAUAGAAUGAUAACAUAUGGGAACACGUAAAACGAAGUUUUACAAUUCCAUUACAUCUUUUUUCAGAUAACUGCUAUCUCCUUCCUUGUUUUAAUGUUAAAAUGUGUGUGUAUAUAAGGUCAUAUAAGUGUUGUAACCUAUUUGUGCGUGUGUGAUGUAGAUGAUGCAGGAGACGAAGUCUUUUGUGAAACAUAGGUAUUCUGAACCUAGCUUAACUCCAUAGGCCUUAUUAUGCACUUCUGAUUGCAGGAUGAUUUCUCAAUUUUUUUUUUAAUUUACUGGUAUGACAAAGUUUAUGUUUGAUCCACUUUGAAUUAUGUUAUUAUGUUUGCAAUUUUAAGAAGUCUGUAUGUGUGAGUGUAUAUAUAUAUAUAAUGAUUUGUUAGUGAAUUAUCCUCAGUGCAAAUAAGGCCUCCAGUGUUCCCAUUAAGCUCAUUUCGGUCAAUCCGAUGGAGAUUAAUUUAUAGGGAUAUAUCUUGGGAGAGCAAAGCCUGUCUCUUUGGAGAUCACAGUUGAAGACUAGUCUUCACUGCAAAAGUGUGUGGUACCAGAAAGCAUCUUUCCCACUAGAGUUUUUUCUCUUGGUGGUAAAUCCACACAUUUUGUGUUGUGUUUACGAAAAAGAAUCUAUUGGAAAAGAGCAUUUCCGAAAACACUCCGAUCUACAAAGACAUAAGGAAGUGCAGUUUCUCUAUGCAUUUAUGUAGUUAAUGUAGGCUGUGGAAUGUGCACAUGAAAUUAGGUUGAUGUUUAGGAAGAAACAAACAGCUGAUAGUACAUCAAUUCUUGUUCAUGACACUGCUACUUUGCUCUCCCUGGAAGACUGCAAAAUGCAUUCUACUGUAAUUCUUUUUUUAAAAAAUGCAUGUGAAAUGAUAAUAUUGCAUUAAAUAAAGUUUCACAUCUCUUAAAGUGAUCUUGUAUUUUUCAUUAACCCUUCAAUGCAAUUUUCUUACUUUAUUCCUAAACUUCACUGAGAGUUAUGCUGAAUAUCCAAUGUUUUGGAGUAGUAUGGCCGGGAGGCUGCUGUAGUGUGGACUACAUUGGCCCUAACUAAUGCACAAUCAAAUUCACAUCACAUUGCAUGAUGAAAGCAAGACUGUUAAACCAAAAGUGUCGCAGUAAGGUUGUUUGCAUUUUUUAUUUUUCUUUUCAAAUUUCAUUUCUUCCAAUUUUUAUAGUUAACAUGUAAUAUUAAAACAUACCAGAAAUCUCAAAUUUGGCUCCAAAUGUUUUCUUUUGGCUUUGGUAGGGGCUGAAUGAACUGCAC